GCAGACUUGGCGGACUUUCAAAGCCAGAAUUCCUAGGAAUUUACAGAUACCUUACAAUGACGGCAGCAAAUGAAGCUAAUGGCUGGUAUGGUGGUACAUUGCUUGGUGAUCAAGAUGAAAGCAGUGAAAUCUACCGACAUUAUGCAGAACUUAUCCAGGGGCCUGCAAUGGAACCUUUUGAACAUGAUUCUGAGAAUGAGAAGUACUACACCGAACUUCUCCUGAAAGGCUCAGUUGAUGCCAUGGACGAUGCAGCUAUUGAAGCAGAGAUGGAAUCUGCUUUCAAAGCGUAUGACCAAAUUGGUACAGAUCUUGGGAUUUUCCCCAAGUCGUGUAAGGCAUUGGCUGCUGAUCCCAGCCAACUAACGAGAUGGCUGGUUGGUGAAGACAAGCUGCCCAACGUAUGAAAAAAAAAUACACAUAUAUUGUGGCAUGUAUGCAUUUUACCAUGUUCAUAUGUUUUAUCGUAAUAUUUGAGGAACUCUUUUUGAACAUUUAAAUUUAGGGAAACAGGUAAAAGUGGGUGAUUGUUUGUGAGCAGCAGGUUUGACUGCUGAAAAGCAUGUUGCUCCUGUACAGUUGUAUUUUACAUGGAGAAAUGUGAUCAUCAGUAUUUGACUUCGACAUUGUGUUUGACGUGUUCCUUAAGAAGCAUAACUUGGUCUUCCA